CUCACGCAGUCCUUUCCAGUCGACUUUCUGCGGCAAGUACAGAGUUUAGAUCCAGUGCUCUUCUGGACUGAUGCAGGAAUAAAAACGGCAAUCAGUCGCGAAUGUUAAACACAUAGUCGCCGUCUCAUAAGUUUAAAAAUAUCGCGAGUAAAUGGGAUUCAACGUCUUCCGAACAGAAUGUAAAGAAUUCCUUGAAGGAUGUGGAGAAUUAAAGGCUCGUGCGCUGCGCUGUUAUUGUUUUUGGCUUAUAUCUCCGUGUCCUCGGUUAAUGCCGACAGUUUAUCUGCUCCACUCAAUGUGACCAUCAAGGCACUGGAGGGGAACUCAGCGAUAGUGACAUGGGACAUUCUGGAGGGAGACCCAGUCAUUGGGUUUGCCAUCACCCAGCAGAAAAAGGACGUUCGUAUGCUGCGAUUCAUCCAGGAAGUGAACACCACCACUCGUUCAUGUGCAUUGUGGGACUUGGAGGAGGACACAGAAUACAUAGUCCAUGUGCAGUCCAUUAGUAUGAGCGGUACAAGCCCCCUGAGUGAACCUGUUCUGUUCCGCACUCCCAAAGAGUCAGAGAAACUGGCCUCCAAAAGCCCAGAUGAAGUGACCAUGGAGGAGGUUGGCCAGGCCGCCCAGCUCAGGGCUGGAGAGCUCAUUAUCAUCGUGGUGGUUCUUGUCAUGUGGGCAGGUGUGAUAGCUCUGUUCUGUCGCCAGUAUGACAUCAUCAAAGACAACGAGCCCAACAAUAACAAGGACAAAGCCAAGAACUCGUCAGAGUGUAGUACCCCAGAGCACCCUACGGGGGGACUACUGCGCAGCAAGGUCUAAUUACGCCUUCCCCGGUGGCAAUAAUAGGCUUUAGCCUCAGGACAGUGCUCUGAGACAAAACAAGUAAGCAAUCAAAUCACAGAAGUUGUGAAGCCCACCUCUCAUCCUCAAUCAAACGACCUUUUAGUAUUCCCAUCGGCCAACAUGAACUCUUUGGUGCUUGUCUGUUUGGCACACUGACACAAACUUGAGGACGAAAUGGACAAGACGGUUCCAGAACUGAAAACUUGAGCCGUUUGGAGCGAGCUGUUGAGUUUCGAUCCACAGCUGCCUCAGCUGAAAGACUCAACCCCACUGUGAGCUGGAAAACCAGAGACUCCGCGCCACCAGGAGUGUCUUUGGCUCCUGUGUAGACUCACUGAGAUAAGGAGAAACCUGCCACCCUGCAUAAACCUGAAAUAAACCAGGAAGGUGCAUUGUGAAAAAGAGGCAAGAGCGUUUUUCUAAGCUCACCGCCAUUAUCAGCUCCGAACCAGGAGCAGGUCUCUGGCAAGGCUGACAUUAUGAUAUUUCACUUCAAUAUCUCUCCAUCUCUUGUGUAUUCGGUUCCUUUAUUUUCACACUUGUAGUUUUGAUUUCUUAACUCCAUUAUCCUCUCUCCAGCAGCCAAUCACAAACAGUCUGGAUAAUUUGAUGUGGUUUAAUUGGUGCAGUGGGAUCUUUCUUCUCAGCACUCUCGCUCUCAGGGCAUUCAGGAAAAUAUCCACAGGAAAAACGAUGGAUCACACUGGCCGUGUCACAUUCAUCCACCUGUGGCCCAAUCACAGCAGAUUGAUGAUGAAGAACUCCAUAUAAUAAUAGUGAUAGAAAACUUAUUUAACCACUUGUGUGUUGAGUAAAUCAACAGCUUGCUGUCUCUAAUGAGCACAUUACUGUACAGUGAUGGUCUGGUCCUCAUAUUACAUUCUUUAGCAUAUAUGUCACAAGUAUGGCUAUUUACCGCUUUUAUGUGAUGCUAUGAUAUAGGUGAGUGCCUUUUUCUACAGGCUUUCUUUUAGAUUUCUUUCCCUUUAAACAGUUCAGCCUUAAAGUUGACAUGAAAUCAAAACUGACCUUAUAUUUACUUUCAUGCUACACCCUCCUAGUCUUAUUGGAAUUGAUUCCUCUGUUAUGUUUUUUUUUUUUUUUUUUGCAAUCCAUUCAAUUCUUGAUUGAUAAUUCCAUUUUCACCUUUAAAGGUAGGGAGGGCGAUUUUGGAGAGACUAGAUCAAUAGUAAGCUUUCUUUGCAUGCUUUUUCUUUAAGCAUAAGAUCCCACCCUCCCUGCAUUAUCAUUCUCCAAAGCCAUGCCUCCUCCAAAAACACCUGAACGCAAACAGGCAUAGCAGAGGCUAACCAGCGACACAACAACAGACACCGUUGGUGGAGAGUUGAAUGCAAUGCUGUUAGAUUACCUCAUGUCUCAUUCACCGAUGAGAAAACAUUACAGUACAAAGCACAUAAUAUUACAAUAAUAAUGCCUUCCAUUCUUGCUCAGUCUGCAAUAGAGAAAUGGAACGCACUUGAUGACGUAUCAUGUCUGUGUGAACAGGGUGCACGGAGGUAGCCUAUGCUAAUACAUAUGUUGACAGGCAGGUAGGACCGAUCUGACUGGAUGAAAAUGUUUUGGUCCUACACCUUCCACAGACCAAACAAAAAACAUGGAAAUACAUGUAGACCACUUAAUCAGUGAUUGCUAUCAGGAUGUGAAGAGACUUGCCACCAUCGUAACAAAAAAAAAAAAA